AUGUACGAUCGACUGAUCGGACCAGGUCCUGCUUGGCUGGAGCGAUCCCCUGAUUGGCCGAUUGAGAGGACAGAAACGCCGUGGCCUGAUGCUGCCGAUGCGGACAAAGUUCUUGAUGGUGAUUAUUAUUCUCACUGGAACCCAAACGGUCAAGGCCCGUGGUACAUCAUCUUCGACCUUGUUGCGCCCUACACUCUCUCCAAGAUCAGCAUCACCAACAACGGUGAUACAACCCACGACGUUUCGAUGUUCCUGCUGGAAGCAUCAGCCAGUUCUGACCCGUACAGCUGGAAAGACGUGGUGACAGUGAAAGAAGUGGCAGCUUCAUCCGAGGUCCAGGAAUUCGGAGGCUUCUCAGCCACGGGACGUUUCUGGAAGCUCAACAUCACAAAAACGUACGGGACAUGGCAGCCAUGGUUACGUGAAGUAAACUUCUUUGGAGAAAGAGCAGAAACUGACUGUUACUCCCCGGGACUGGAGAUAGCCAUCCACCACGGUGUAACUCUACAGUUCUGUGCAGAGGCUUGCUGUGCAGCCUCCUCGUGCCUGUCCUUUCAGUACAACACCGGGUCCAGCUGCUACUUAAAAACGAAGCUCUGCUCUGAUGAGGAGAAGACGAGUACAGCAAGUGGCAACAUGUACGACUGGUUUCAAGUAUCACCUACCAUAGGAAGCGAAAGUCCUGACCACACCAGCCAUGAGUACACCAGCCUGGGUUGUUGGUCAGACAGUGCAGACCGCGCUAUUCCAACACUCGAGGGGACAGAUCCACGCCUGGAUGGCAAGUAUCGGAAACGUACCGACCCCAUCGGCAAGUGUUACCAGGUAGCAUAUUCCCGUGGGUUCACCGUGUUUGCUGUGCAGGAUAGUGGGCAGUGUUUCGGGUCUGCUGAUGCCCACAACACCUACAACAAGCACGGACCGUCCAUAAAAUGCAAAGCGGACGGGGAAGGCGGGCCGUGGGCAAUUGAAGUCUACCAGAUCACAGUUGACGGCAGCUGGUCCGAGUGGACUUCCUGGUCCAUCUGUGAGGUGGAGUGUGGACUCGGGAACCAGUCUCGCCGCCGUGUUUGUGACAGCCUCCGUCCGCAGGGUAGCGGAGCGAACUGUACCGGUCACUCCGGAGAGACGCAGGGCUGCGACACUGGACUGCCAUGUCCGGUUUCCGGGAACUGGUCACAGUGGACUUCCUGGUCCAGUUGUGACGUCACGUGUGGAUUCGGUAACCAGUCGCGCGGCCGCAGCUGCGACAACCCCCCUCCCCAACAUGGCGGCGCGAACUGUACCGGGAGUUCCGCUGAAGUCCGGACCUGCGACAGCGGAAAGCCAUGUGCAGUCUCCGGGAACUGGUCUCUGUGGACUUCCUGGUCCAGUUGUGACGUCACGUGUGGAGUCGGUAACCAGUCGCGCGGCCGCAGCUGCGACAACCCCCCUCCCCAACAUGGCGGCGCGAACUGUACCGGAAGUUCCUCUGAAGUCCGGACCUGCGACAGUAGGCUUCCAUGUGCAGUAUCCGGGAACUGGUCUCACUGGACUUCCUGGUCCAGUUGUGACGUCACGUGUGGAUUCGGCAACCAGUCGCGCAACCGCAGCUGCGACAACCCCCCUCCCCAACAUGGCGGCGCGAACUGUACCGGGAGUUCCGCUGAAGUCCGGACCUGCGACAGCGGACAGCCGUGUGCGGGUCAGUUUCCGGGAACUGGUCUCUGUGGACUUCCUGGUCCAGUUGUGACGUCACGUGUGGAUUCGGUAACCAGUCGCGCAGCCGCAGUUGUGACGACCCCCCUCCCCAACAUGGCGGCGCGAACUGUACCGGAAGUUCCGCUGAAGUCCGGACCUGCGACAGCGGGCAGCCGUGUGCAGUGGAAUUCGUGGUCCGCCUGUGACGUGACCUGCGGUGUUGGACACCAGACACGGAACCGAAGCUGUAACAACCCAGAGCCACUGCACGGCGGCGCCAACUGCACUGGGAUCUCAGAGGACCGAAAACCGUGCGAUAACCUGCCUCCCUGUGCAGUUGACGGGGUCUGGUCUCCGUGGACGGUCUGGUCCGCCUGUGACGUGACCUGCGGUGUUGGACACCAGACAAGGAACCGAAGCUGUGACAACCCAGAGCCACUGCACGGCGGCGCUAACUGCACUGGGACCUCAGAGGACCGAAAACCGUGCGAUAACCUGCCUCCCUGUGCAGUUGCUGGGGUCUGGUCUCCGUGGACGGUCUGGUCCAACUGUAGCGUGACCUGCGGGAAUGGUGAGCGGACCCGCCGUCGCACUUGCGACCAUCCGCCGCCCCAACAUGGCGGUGCCAACUGUACCGGCAACGCGAGUCAGUCGCAGGCUUGUGGACAAGAUCAGGCAUGCUAUGUUGCGUAUAGCUGGUCAGAGUGGACGCCAUGGUCUGUCUGUACGGUAACCUGCGGCGCUGGGAACCAGACACGUUACCGUACGUGUAACACCGCUGCCGGCAACGGUAGUGUGGCCAACUGUACCGGAGAUGCUCUUCAGACGAGGGCCUGUAUGGACAUUGGGCCAUGUCCAGGCCCACAGGAGCCACACUCCACGUCGACGGCCGGCCCAACCGUGGCACAGACCACGCCCUCGCCAGACCCCCUGGCUCCGUCAGACGGCGGGACUAUGGAGGAGUUCGCGCGGUGGGAGACGGGAGAGGCGCUGCCGGACACGUACGACGCACAGGAAAGUCCCGUCGACAUGGCGAAAGCUGAUUCUCCUGCUGACACUUUCUCGACGCUGGAAGCCAGACUCCACUUCAGACGCCGCCUGCCGUACUACAUCCUCCGGGUCUAUACUCCUACUGCCACGGUCGUGGCCGUGUCAUGGAUGUCCUUCUGGGUGCACUACACCGAGACAUCCGCUAGGGUCGCAUUGGGAUGCACCACGUUCCUCAUGCUCGUUCGUCUCAGUAGUCAGAUCGAGAAAAUGCCGCAUAUUUCCUACAUACGCGCUAUUGACCUCUGGUAUAUGUUCUGCCUGGCCUUUGCGUUCAUGGUUAUCCUGGAGUACGCCGUGGUACACCAUCUGCACAAUCCUCAAAACAAGAAGGUAAAACAAAAUGAACGAGAAGAGACACAAGUUCGUGCCGACAUCCCUGCCUCACGGGAAGAGAACUCGACAGUGGUUUCACUGAGGAAAAGAUUCGCGCGAGCGGUGAACGAGGUGCGUGUGCGGCAGGUACUCGGUCGGAACAGGGUACGGCCCUCACUCGACUCCACACAACCGGUCCCCGUGCAGUCUUCAGAAUGGGACCUCAUCGUUCCAACCACAAGCAAGCACACGUCUGAAACGUCCCAGCUUCAAGACGAGAGGCAAGAGGGUGACAACAAGGACAGUCGGGAAGCGCAGUCGAUAGUGAUUCCGUCGAGCAAACGCUUCACUAAGACGGUAAACCAGGUGCGGUCGACUGUUAAGGAGAACAACUGUAAGUCGGCUUCACAGGCUUCGAAAUGGGGAUUGGUCAUUCCACCAACAAGCCGACUCACGAACACUUCCAAGACUUCACACACCGAAGAGGACAAUGGCAAAAGUACACAGGAAGACCAGCCGAUUGUGAUUUCUCCAAGCAAACGCUUCACGAAGGCCGCAAACCAGGUACGGCCUACCGGUACCGUUAAGAAGACAAGGUCCAAGUCGGUCGGGGCACAGCCCACAGGAUGGGGACUCCUCAUCCCACCAAGCCGACUCAUCAACACACCAAAGACUUCACAGCAGGAAGAGGACAAUGGCAAAAGCACACAGGAUCAGUCGAUUGUGGUUCCUUCAAGCAAACGCUUCGUGAAGGCAGCAAACCAGUGCAGAAAACAGUUCCGUCAGUCGGCUCAUCUAAAGAAACACACGAAGACUCACAGUCACACCAAGGAGACGCUGUAG